AUGUUUUCGCGCACAGCUGUUACAGGCGCAGUCCGUCAGGCGUUACGCGCACCGGGUAGCUUCGCCAUUCGACCCUCUCCGAUUCGAGCCAGUCUCACUCCAGCACAAAUCAGACUCCUAUCACAAGAAACACGGCAAGCAAUUGAUAAGGCAGUUGGAUCAGCGCCAGUAGUUUUGUUCAUGAAGGGUACUCCAGAGACACCACAAUGCGGGUUCUCAAGAGCAAGUAUCCAAAUACUAGGACUGCAAGGAGUAGACCCGAGCAAAUUUACAGCGUUCAAUGUGCUUGAAGACGAAGAGCUAAGACAAGGCAUCAAGGAAUACUCUGAAUGGCCCACGAUCCCGCAAUUAUACGUUGAUAAGGAAUUUGUGGGUGGCUGCGAUAUUCUGAUGUCUAUGCACCAGGAUGGUUCCCUUGCAAAGAUGCUUGAAGAGAAAGAUGUAGUUGUGCCAGCUGAGGAGGGUAAGACCGAAUAA